AUCACCUCGCUAUUGUUACAAUCGCACCAACAUCUAGUUUAUAUGUUUCUCCUCGGAUCCUUGUUUGUAUAUCUUUUACAUCCUUGUACACUGUUAAGGUAAAAAUAAAACAACAAUUAGUUAUUCAUCACAAUUAUAAUAAGUAAUUAAAAGGUUACUUAAUAUUGCCAAAUAUCUUACCUUUUUGUUAAGUCACACACUUGUCUCUCUGUUGGACUAUGCUAACCUCUGGUGGUAAAUUUUUUUAGUCUUGUUUUCGUGUGUUUUUUGAAUCGCAAAUGAGUUAACUUUUGUUUCGUGUUUCCAUUAUAAUUAACGAGACAACCAACAAACGGCAAUUUUAAUGUUUUGUUAUCCUCAUUGUUCAAUAACCUCUGGAAUCGGACAUCAUGCUCAUCACCAUCCUCAUGGACCAAAUCCGAGUAACAUUUCAUCGUUUCCUCUCUUCUCUCAGCCAUCACAUUAUCCAAAUUACAGUGGAUAUUCAAGUGAAUUACAAGAAGAUGCUUUUGUCCGGCGUAAACAGAGAAGGAAUCGAACCACAUUUACUGUUCAACAAUUGGAAGAGCUCGAGAAGGCUUUCGCCCAAACUCAUUAUCCGGAUGUUUUUACACGAGAAGAUCUUGCAAUGAAGAUCAGCUUGACGGAAGCCAGAGUACAGGUUUGGUUUCAAAACAGAAGAGCCAAAUGGCGGAAAGCGGAAAGGCUUCGUAAAGAGAAGGAAGAUCGAGAUAAAAGUGGUGUUGAUAGUGUUGAUUUGUCCAUCAAUGGAUCUCCUAAAUGUGAUGAUAUAAACAUUAUUGAUCGUCCCGAUUCAGCUUGUCCAGAUGAUGAUGAGGAUGAUGAUGAAAAUUUAGAUAUGAGUGAUUCUUCAUCAAAUAAUAUAAUAACUGUUUCAGCAGUCCAAUCAAAAGGCUCAUACAAUCCAGAAGAAUCAAUCCUUAAUGCAGUUCACCUUAAUUCACCCACUGAUAAUCACCUUAACCAACACCUUAACCAUCUUAAUCAUCUUAAUCACCUCAAUCAUCUUAACCAUCAUCAUCACCAACAGCAACUUUCCUCAAGGCUUGUUAAACCUAUAAUAAACAAUAAUAUGACAACUUCACUAUUAUUUUCCUCAUCAUCUCCAGUUUUAUCAUCUUCUUCAUCCUCCUCGUCGCUAUCAGCCCCUCAACAUUGA